AUGAGUGACGACGGCAAGCGAGCAGACCCUUCGGUGGAGGAUGGAUCAUUGUGAGCUCGGACAACUCUCGAUCGAUUUUUGAGCCAGCAUGUGGCUGACUGACCGUCCAUUCUUCCAUCCUAGUGAUCCGACUUCGCACGCCUUUGCAACAAAAGAAGCAGCUUCCAGCGAUGCAAGUAACGUCGACGUUGUGGUGUACGACGCUGCGGAGGAAAAGCGUUUACUGCGCAAGAUCGACUGGCUGCUAUUGCCCAUCCUCACCUCGCUCUACCUGCUGAGCUUUUUGGACCGCAGCAACAUCGGAAAUGCCAAAAUCGAAGGCAUCGUGGAUGACAUUCGACUCCGCGAUUAUCCGACAGCCACAAGUCUCUUCUUCGUGGGCUAUGUCGUAUUUGAAGUGCCUGCCAAUCUACUGCUCAAGCGGUACAGCAUUGACGGACCUGCAGCCGUACUGGCCAUUUGGACGUUUCUUUUCGGAAUCGUAUCCAUGUGUCAAGGCUUCGUAAGAACGACUGCAGAGAUGUACGUCGUCCGUCUGCUCCUCGGUGCAACUGAAGCUGGUAAGUGUGGAGCUCUUCUUUGCCAGCGGAGCAUCCUCCGUGAUCUGAAUUUUGCGCACCCGGCCCCCCCAAAAAAGGUCUCUUUCCUGGCAUCGUCUGGACGUUCAGGUGAGUUCGGGAGAGCGCUUCGAUCUGUUGAUGCCGCGCCGCGCUUACACACCCACACAUUCCAUCCAGCUUUUGGUACCGUCGCGAUGAGCGUGUACUGAGAGUCAGCCUCUUCUUCGGUGCUGCCGCCGCCGCCGGCUCCCUGGGUGGCAUUCUUGCCUUUGGUCUGACCCGCAUGGACGGCUUGCUUGGUCACCACGGAUGGCAAUAUCUCUUUUGGAUCGAAGGCGCUUUCACAGCUCUCGUCGGCAUCUUGGCUUGGUUCCUCAUUCCAAAAUGGCCCGCACACGCUCGCGCCUUGACCCAGCGCGAACGUGAAGUCAUCGUUCACCGUCUGUCUCGCGACUCGGACGCUACCGAUACCGAAAAAUUUGAGUGGUCCGCAGUAAAAUUGGCCCUCAAAGACCCUCACGUGUACUUGUAUGCCCUCCUGUUCCACGGCUUCGCUUUCGCAUUGUACACCUACUCUCUCAGCCUUCCAAGCAUCAUCGCUGGCAUCGACCCGACCUUCAAGCCUUGGCAAAGUCAACUUCUGACGAUACCGCCUUACGCCUUCGCCUUCAUCUACGUCAUCACGACCGCUUGGGUUUCGCAAAAGUACGUCAAACGCCGUGCACCCUUCAUCAUUGGCAAUGGCUUCUUGGCUAUUCUUGGCUACAUUGUCCUCAUCACCUCUCCAACUGUAGCGGGCAAGUACACUGCCACCUUCAUCGCUGCAGCUGGCAUCUAUGGCGCUAACGGUCUCUUACUCGCAUGGCCUUCGGAAAAUGUCCAGGGCCAGCUUCGCCGAGCGGUCUCUCUGGCCUUCCAAAUUUCGGGAGGGAAUUGCGCCUCGAUCAUCGGCACUCAGCUGUACAGAAUCCCGCUCGGCACCAUUCCGAACAAGUCUUACCGCAUCAGUCACAUCUUCACCAUCAUCUGGCUGUUGUUUGGCAUCUCGGCUGCUAGCGCCCUUUGGAUCCUCCUUGCUCGACACAAUCGACGUCUCGACGAGCGCAUCGCUGAGCGUCGAGAGAGAGGACAGGUGGUGGACGAGUCCAAAGCCUGGAGAGAGGAGUGGCGCUACCAGACUUGA